AGCCUAUUGCAACGCACGUGGCAGUCAUUAGCUCCACCAGACUACAUAAGGGAGCCACAGUGAAUCUCGGACCCAGAGACAUCACCCGCGCUGCACUGCUAACACUUCAGCCCUAACACUCGCCCGUGCUACAGCGCAUUCCUUGCCAUGGCAGCCACGAUGGAGCAGACCUUCGCGGAGACGCCCCUACAUAUGCUGCAGCCCAAGGCCCUCUUCGACUUCGCAUCCCAGACACUUGGAUUUGUCACUCGGUCACUCGGGUACAGGGAGCCAGACUCAUACUCCACAGACGAGGAUAAUUCUCUGUGUCACUUCGACAUCCGUGAGAAAGACGAGGAGAGCGGGCUCGACAUUUACACUCUGAACGAGGUCGCCGAACACGAGACCUUCGAUGAUUGCUGGAUUGUUCUCUUCGAUAAAGUGUUUGACGUGACUAGCUUCCUGCUGGAGCACCCAGGUGGCGAGGAAGUGAUCCUGGAGAACGCUGGCAGGGACGCCACCCUCGCCUUCCGCGGCGUUGGCCACUCCACCCUCGCCCUGCGUGCCCUCGAUGACUACCUGGUCGGCAUUGUGAGCCACGCGGAGAGGAUCUACACCAACCAAGACUCAGGCAGACGAGGGGAACGAUAGGCAGUACCCGCCCAUGCAGCCAUCAACACUCUUCACACUGCACCUCAUCGAGAAUGAAUGUGUGUACUAGAGCAGAAAGGGUUUACUCAUCACCUCACUAUCAUAUUUACAUCGCAAACAUUUUACUGUAAAAUUUCACUGAUAGUCAAACAUCAUCAUCUUCAUUUAUUCACUUCCAUUGUCAUGUUCACACUACAAUGCAAGAAGGUGUCUGGUUCAGUUACCUCACUACACCUCGCUUCACUCCGCCCUUUCCAGUCAUAUAGUUACGUACAUGGUAGAACAAGUCUUAUAUUUGUACUAUAUUUUUUUUAAUAAAACACAUAAAAAUAUAA